GAUUCUGCCCUCUUCAAGUAAUUGGAUGAAUGAUGAUGAUGUAGUGUGGUGGAUGAGAGUUGCUGAUAGAUGGAUCUUGGUUGUUUCGAGAAAGGUGGAUGGGUUCUUGGAUCAGGAUAAUGUCAGGUCGGAAUUGUGA